GGGCUCCGGACAAGUUCGGAGGACUCUGGCUUCCCUGCGAGGAGGCGCGCCGGGCGGGAGCCGACCGAUGCCGUCGCGGCCGCAGGCUGCAGGAGGCGCGCCGUCCCCUCGAGCCCCGCGCGCACUUGCCAAGCCUGGCUCUUCUCCCGAGCGCCGGCAGCAACUGGGAGCCCAGCGCCUGCGGGGGUGAGGCGGCCCGGGACUCGCAGUCCGGCGCGCCGAGAGAGAGGGAGAGAGGGAGGGAGGGGGCCGACGACCGCCGAGCCUCCGCCGCGCCAAAAGCGGGAGCGCACGGGCUUGCCGACGGCCGGAGCAGCGGCCGAGAGGAUCGGGACUUCUCCACAGCUGCCCGGCAGCGCUAUGGAAACGGUGAGCGCCACCACUUCUUUGCACCCCACCCUCAGCGCCAAUGGCAGCAGCAGCAGUAGCGGCGACCCAAACCCGGGCAAUUCCACGGCAUCCGAGGAAGGCUGGGUGGUGGGCAUGGGUAUCCUGAUGUCCGUGAUCGUGCUGGCGAUCGUCUUCGGCAACGUGCUGGUGAUCACCGCCAUCGCCCGGUUCCAGAGGCUGCAGACGGUCACCAACUACUUCAUCACAUCGCUGGCCUGUGCGGACCUCCUGAUGGGCGUCGGGGUGAUCCCUUUCGGGGCCAGCCACAUCAUCCAGCGCACCUGGAAGUUCGGGAACUCCUGGUGUAACAUCUGGACCUCCAUCGAUGUGCUGUGUGUCACCGCCAGCAUUGAGACGCUCUGUGUCAUCGCGGUGGACAGGUACUUUGCCAUCACUUCCCCUUUCAAGUAUCAAAGCCACUUGACCAAGAAUAAAGCCAGGGUGGUCAUCUUGUUGGUUUGGGUCAUCUCUAUCCUCACCUCCUUCUUGCCUAUCCAGAUGAACUGGUACAAAGCCAACACGCAGGAAGCCGAGCAGUGCUACCAAGACGAGAGCUGUUGUGACUUCUUCAUCAACGGGGAGUACGCCAUCAUUUCUUCCAUCAUCUCUUUCUACUUGCCCCUGGUGGUCAUGGUGUUUGUCUACGGCAGGGUCUUCCAGGUUGCCCAGAAGCAGCUCAAGAAGAUAGACAAGUGCGAGGGGAGGUUUCACCAGCAAAGUUCACAGCAGGAGCAAAACUCUGGGAAGGGAAGCCACCGGAGAGCAUCCAAGUUCUGCUUGAAAGAACACAAAGCUCUGAAAACCCUGGGCAUCAUCAUGGGCACCUUCACCUUGUGCUGGCUCCCGUUCUUUAUUGUCCACUUUGUGCAUGCCAUUGAUGAGACAGUGAUCCCCAAAUUCCUGUACAUUUUUUUAAACUGGCUGGGAUAUGUCAAUUCGGCUUUUAACCCCUUAAUUUACUGCCGGAGCCCAGACUUCAGGUAUGCUUUCCAGGAGAUCCUCUGCUUCAGGAGAUCUGCCCUCAAAAUGUAUAUGAACGGAUAUUCCAGUAGCAAUGGGAAAGCUGACUUCAAUGGGGAUCACAAUGGCUAUCACGUGGCACAAGAGAAGGCCCAUGAAUUGUUGUGUGAAGAAGGAAGCCCCCCUCCUGGGGAGGACUUUUUGCACUGUAAAGAAAUUCCUGGAUGUCCUGGAAUGGUUGAAAGUUGAAUGGGCCAAGCAUUCCUCCUCAUCAUCUGCAACAGGCAGAAGCUUGUGAAGAGUCAAGUCCAAGUUCAGCUAUACUUCUCUUGGAAUGAGGGAACUCUACAUUCUUUUGUGGAGAGGUAAACAGAAGGGCAGCUAGUAAGCCAAGACUCCGAGAUGUGAAAUAUCUGGAAUGGGCAGUGAAUGGACCAUAAAGGGAAGGUGGCUACAAGAAAUUUAAUUCAUUCUGCAGAGCUAUUGUUUGAACGUAGAGAGUCUGCCUGGCGGAAUAAUGGAAAGCUGUAUUUACAGAAGCAGGAGAAGGAGUUAACACAAUCUGUCUCACUCACACUUGUCUCCAGAGGGAUCAAAUUGUGGGGAACAAAAAGUGUUUGGGAAUAUAUUUCCCAUUGUUAUUGUUAGCCCACUAGAGGAAGAGGCACCAAACAUGAGACUUCCUGGUGAAGCUAGCAAACUGCUAAGACUGGGAUUGAUUUUCCACACAGCCCAUGGUGUUCAAAUUUGCAAAGGACUGUGGAAAAAAUAAAAAGAGAAACACUAUCAAAACCAAACUGGUUUAACAAUGUACUUUUGGAAGUAGUGUCUGUUCCUGCAAGUUUUUGGCCAACAUCUCCAAAGCAAAGAGACCCAGAAAUCAAGAUGUGGUGCAACAAAGAUAGAAGUGAAUCACUGCCCUGCAAUAAGAUUAAAAACCAUCACCGAACUUUUAAAACACAACGUUUAUUCAACAUUCAUUAACUCAGACUUUCAGAAAUAGUUUGCUCUAAUGAUGGCUUUUGUGAAAUCUUGUUUACUUGAAAAUUACAAGAGAUCAAAAUUGGCGGCAGUUUCUCUUCCCACCCCCUUUUCUUUAACUUCCAAACAAUCACCUUCUUCCCCCAUAUACAUUUCCCAAAGCAGGUUUUCUUGCAUGAACACAGAGCUGCCAUAGUGUAGCCCAACUCUUAGAGUAUUAAGAGCUUUCAGACUGUUUAUUCAGCUCACUUCAGGUGCUCCUACUUUGGUAGUUUGCCAGGAGACACUUCAGCCAUGCCCGAUAUUACGAGCGAAGGGAAGGAGAUUGCAUCAAGCAAUUAGGAAGGACAGGCAUGUGCUGGAGAGAUGUCUGGGUGGAGUUUGGAGGGGAAGUCAGGUGGCACAGUACAGCUUCAGAUUAGGGAAGAAUUUCUAGUAUUGUAAUUUUAGAACAGAUCAGUACGCUGUGUACAUUCAAAACAUUGAGAUAUAAACAUUAUUCUUAAAUGUAAUCCUCCCGCCCCCCACUCCAUCCAACCUUGAAGAUUACACGUAGCUUUAAAAUGGUGGAAAGGUUUGUUCAUUUGUUUUUUAAUUAUUAGAAAUGUGUCCCGUUAGCUCUAAAUGUCUGGCAUUCCCUAUUAAGCCUUCUAGUACAUGUACUAGAUGUACCAUCUCUGUGGAGUCCAACACUGCCUCAAAGGAAAUGAUCUUUCAUCCUUCACCAUUUGUGGCUCCUCUUGGGCCAUAAAGCCAAGCAAAGAUGCCCGUGUUCUUGUCAUGGGCCAUGACUAAUGACUGUAUUGCUGCUGGCUCUCACUGACUGGGCACAAGCACAACCUCUGCUCAUGGAACCGCUUUUAGUUCCUGGAACUCUUUAAGUUUGGGGGUGCGGGUGGGGUUAAAGGGUGUGGGAGAAGGAAGGGAUUCAGUCUCCACAGCCAUGUUCGCUGUGCAGUCUAGACACACUGGGCUUCUACCUGUGCUGUUCUGUAGUUGUGAAGUGUAUUUAUUUAUUGGUUGGUGAUAAUAAUGAAGAACAAUGUGGAGAUCGCAGAGUUUCUUUGUCUAGUUUCCUGGCCUUCCUUUCUAGGGAGGAGACGGUGAUAAACUUCACAGAGCCAUGGGCCACUGACUCCACCUAAAUAAACCUGAACCUAUUACAUGACCGGUUUCCAAGGUCCAUACAGGAAUGUGGGGGCUUUCAUUCUCAAUUUUUCUUCUUGCUCUGGACCUCCAAAAAAAGUACAGCUGGCACAAUUAGAUAGCAUUUUCCCCUCCACUGCAUUCUCUCUCCCUUGCUGCCUUUUCAGUUAUGCCAUGUCUAACUGGAAAACAGACUUGAUUUAAGGCAAAGCAGCCUGGUUAGGUACCCUCAUUGUAUAGCAGCAGCAGCAGCUCUGGUGGAUAUAAACCAGACUAGCUUCACUACAGUCACUGUGUUUAUCUAUGCAUAUUUCUACCGCUGAUGCUCUCCAAUGUGCCUUGCUGUCUCAUGCUGGAAACCAGUUAUGAAAUAGGCCACACUGGAACUUGGUUGUGAUCCAUUACAGCCAAAUUAGGUAUGACAGAAAAAAACCUGGGACCACAUUAUUAGAGUUAAUCCUCUCCUUCUGAGUCACAUUUCUCCACAUCAACCUGCUGCUCUACAAGUAAGUAUGUUUUCAUGCCAAAAGAGAGUGGACAGCUCUGCUUCCUUUCAGAAGCCCUUUCAGGCAUUCCCACAUGUAAGCUCCACACAUAAGAACAGUGAGACAAGUAUGCUACCUCCACCUCUUUCCCUCAUCAUUUGCGUCACUCUCCAUACCUGUGGAGUGUUGCUAUUUGAGAAGCAUUGUUUCUUCAUAUUUGGAGAUAAUGCCCUUGAGAUUUUGGGGGCACUGAAAGAUCAGGAUAUGGAAACUUCAAAGGAGAUCUUCUGGAAACAGAAGAAUCUCCCCUCUGUAGCCAACGUCUUGGAUACAGGGCAUCAAGAAUGGUGAGGGAGUGGGUGGAGGUUGGACAUGUGUCCCCAUGACCCUCCUUGCCUGUGGUGUUGACGCAAAAAACAACAACCUCUGGACAAUGCUGGAGACAUCUUUUGUUGGUAUGUGCUGCCAUCUCACUUCAGACUUAGGGUGACCCUAACAAGGUAUUUGAGGUAUGUGAAAUAUUCAAGGAGAAGCUUAACUUUGCUAAACCCAGUGACAUUUCAUGGCUGAACAGAGACUUGAACCAAGGUCUCCUGAGUUCUAGUGCAACACCUUAUCCACCUUAUCGUACUGGCUCUCACUGCAGAUAGCUACUGAUCUAAAAAACUUAGUGGGAUUCAUAACAAAACUAUCAGAUGUUGGUAUACUUAGGAUAGAAACAAAAUGAAGGCAACAUAUUAUGCACACCAUUUUUGGGGCUCGUCAAAGCACUUGCCAUGUAUAUUCUUUCAGCGCAAUACCUUUUUAAAGAUGGUCAGUUGAAACUUGUAGUCUCCAACAGCACCUGCAUGAUAAUCCAGAAAUACCAUCCUGGUCCAGAGAUCCCAUUUUUCACAUUGUUUAAAAAGGAAAUGUAGUAUAGAAAUGCUCUAAGAUAGAUAGAUAGAUAGAUAGAUAGAUAG